AUGAUGUUUCACGAUUCGACGAUCACUCCCGUCGUGACGGUGCGGCGGCGUCAAAAACAGCGUCCCGCAGUUCGUAGCCAUUACAAACUGGACGAAGUCGCAGCGUUUAUUCUUGCUGGAGCCUCUUCUUCACCUGCCUCAAGAACUCCCUUUCAACGGAUUGCGCUGCAGUUCCCGGAUGACUUACUUGAAGACGCCAUUGCCGUGACCGAGACGCUGAAAGGCCUUUUGGCCGAGGACCCGCGUCGCGCAGAUGUUGUGGGUGACUCCGCUCGUGGAGUAGAGGGUGACCUCAUGAAAACGGAAGAAGUAAAAGUUGAUGAUAAAAAAAUACGUUUGUUUGUGGUGGCUGACAACACCUUUGGGUCCUGCUGUCCGGAUGAGAUCACCGCGCAGCACUACGGCAGUGAUUGCAUCAUUCACUUUGGGGAUGCAUGCAUGAGUAGAUCCACACGUAUUCCAGUGUUUUAUGUGCAGGAUGACUUUCGGUUUGCUGCGUUCUCAACGUACCCACAAGAAAAGGAGAGGGUAAUUUCAGUACGUGUUGUGAUACGUGCGGUGAAAUUAUUGAGGUGUCGCCUGAAUAAAUUGUGUCGCGUCUUGGAGGGAAAUGAUAUUUCAGCGGCUGUUUCUUUGAUCGUUCUUGGCAGCCAUCGCUCGCGGAGUCUUGUAAGUGCUUCUGCAUGUCAUUGGGAUGAUAAAGAAAGGACAGCAGCAUCAACGGACAAUAAAGUGUUGGUUGAAUGGUGCAGCUUUGACCACGUUCAGGCGGCACCCGACAGAUCGAAUGCAUCCUUUUCUUCAUUUACUGAAGGAUCUUCAUGGGUUCUCAACGGUGUGCGUUUCUCUCGUGCCGGUUCUGGAAUGCUGCAGUAUUUCCUGUUUGUUGGCGGCUCCAACGCCCCUUUGCUAAUUCACCUUCUUAAUGUGCACCAGUACAACCUCUUUCAUUACCCGGAGGAGUUGCGUGAGACGGCAUUUACCAGUGACAACCCUCAUGUGCUGACAAUACUUGAUGAAGAUUUUGGCCGCGGCAGUGACGCAGGGACUCUGGGCGAUGCAGAGAGCAAGGACGGCCACAAUGAUGAUGAUGACAGUGUACGGAGGAUGGACGCUGCGUUGGAAGCCCACUUUGAUCGUAACAAGGGUAAGCUCAUUGCCAUUCAAACAACAUUAAACAAGAGGAUACGGCAACGCGCGUUUAACUUGGAGUUGAUCCGCUGUAGCAGUGCUGUGGGAAUUAUUGUGGCCUCUUUAGCGAUUGAGGGUUACUAUGAAACGACAAGUUUGCUCCAUCAACUUCUUCGUGCCCACGGAAAGCGGGCGUACAUAAUUUAUAUUGGACAUCUAAACAAAUACAAAAUUGCUAAUUUUGUGGACACUGUGGACUGUUUUGUCUCCAUUGCGUGCCCCAAUAGCCGCGAGGGUCACUUUCCUUCCAAAGAGGACGAUUUUCCAAAGACGGUUGUGUCUCCCAUUGAAGUUCUGGUUGCUCUGCGAACAGAAGACGGUGACUCUCCGCUCUUCGGACAUCCUGCGUUUUACAACACGACAUUGGACACUGUUCUUCCGCUCCUGCGCGAGGCCAUGCUUGCAGUGGAGUGUGAACGUGCCGAACGAAAGAGCGCCGUCAUUGCAGUGCCAAUGGGGAGUGGGAGUGGUGCCUCUUUGAUUCGUGCGUCCGCGGGUGUGGUUGCCACGCAGGGUGCUAAUGGCGCCCUGCAUCGCCUGUAUGAACGUAGCUUUGUUGGACUGGACCCGAAAAAGGGGCAGACACCAGUGCAAGAGGGGAUUCUUGAGGGACGCCAUGGGAUUGCACGUGGCUACGCCUCGGAAAGGGAGCAACAAGAGGGGAAUUUGUAUUAG